CGGAGGAAGUCGGCGAGUGAGCGAGGUGUGGCUUUGGAAUUUAGGAAUUAGGAGAAGGAAGAGGAAUUAGGAGAAGAAAGAAGAAGAAGAAUUAGGAAUGGAUGUGGAUUUUUAUUAUUUGCAAGGAAGACGCAAGAGAAGGAGAGCUUUGUUUCAUUAAUAGUUUCUAUAAUUAAAAGAAUUUUUUUUCUAUAGUCACGGAAAAAAAUAACAGAAAAGAAUGUUAGGGAAUGCUAUAGUGACAGUUCUUGUGCCAGAGCAGCUUGAGGGAGAGAAUGGUGGUCAUCUCUAUGGAAGGUUCACAAAUUCAAAAGCUCAUCCAAUUGACGAGAGAGAAUCUUAUGUCAUUGUUGUGACAUCUACGAAUUCAAACAAAAAGCCUCCCAUUGGGUGCAUUAAUAAUGACAGUCGGAUCCAGACUCGCAGAUCCACCAGGAACGUUUGGGUAGAACUCAGCACUCAGCCACAGAUCCAACUUCAUUCUGUCAGAGUUUGCGGUGACAAUGUGUGCCUUAGUGAAGUUAAUCUCGUAACCUACAGCUACAAGGAGAUCUGUGAGUCGGAGCUCAUCAGCCAGAAGUUCUUAUACAGGGAAGGUGAUGAUCAUGCAAAUAACAUAGUGCCAUAUUUUGUGAAAAGUGUGCAAAAAGAUUGUAAAGAGACGGAUUCUUGCUGGUUGGUGAAAACUCUACUGGCUUCACUCUUGGUUUUGACUAAGACAAUCCUCCGUGUGACAUGGUUUCCCAAAGUGCUCUUGGAAGGUCUUCAUUAUGUUUUAGUUAAUAAAUUUGACUACUCCAGCAAUUUACUGAAACAAACUUUACUUCGUAUUAAACAGUUUGAGACUCUAGAACAUGAGCUUAGAGAGAACAAGAGAACACUUGUAGCUGGUCGUUUAUUGGCUAUGAUUGCAAUCGACACUUUACUUGGGGUCUCAGUUGUGCUCCUGGUCAGCAGUUAUGCCUCCCUCAAUGAUAUUUAUUCUAUUUUUUGUAGUUCCACAAAGCUCUUAGCAUCAAAUGUCCAGCAUCUGUUAGAGUGGCUGCGGGGAGCUCCAGCGGGCCUCAAGCUGAAUCAGCCUUUGACGCAAGCCCUUUCUGCAUUCUUCUCAUAUCAUGUUCAUCUAUGGAGGCUUUAUCUAGACUUGGCAGAUCCCGUGCUGAGGAGUCUGGCUUCGGUGUUCUUCUGGCUGGGGAUGUGCGGAGCCUCUGUUCAAGUGGCCAUUUUGUCGGACUUGAUGGACCUGGCCACUCUGCAUCUCUACUGCUUUUAUGUCUAUGCGGCUAGGAUGCACAUGCUCCAAAUUUCUCUCCUGGGGUCCCAGUGGAGAGCGUUCCGAGGGAGAAAGUGGAAUCCUCUGAAGCAGCGUGUGGACAGUUACGAGAUCGAAGGUGGCCACAUGUCACUGAUUCGGGUGCUGACGGCGGUCAUUUUCACCCUCGUGAUAUUUCUCUUGCCCACCACCACUGUAUAUUACUUGGUGUUUGCGUCGUUAAGAAUAGGCCUCAAUACAGUGCGAGGAAUUCUCUCUCUCACUAUGUGGGCUCUCAACAUCAAUCCCCUGUAUCUUAUACUGCUCAACUUAAUAGAUUCAAACAGAAUGAAAGGAGACAUCUACUUUGCAACCCAGCCCAUCGAUAAUUCCCGAGCCAGGUACCCCAUAGCUUCUCCGCUUGCCCUACAUUUACACACUUGGCCAACCCCACUCUGCGAGGUCCUGCUGUAUGCCCAUUCGGAUGUGUUUCCUGCUAUACCAAGCCCGAACUGGAAGGCCUUUUUCUGUAGUGUUGUGUUUGCAAAAGAGUUAUUGUGAGAAGGAAGGGAAAUAAAGAAUUGUAAAAAG